AUGGGUCCGGUGUUCGAGUACGCGGUGACGCUGGACGCCAAGAAGACGGACAUCGACAGCAAGCCCGCCAAAGAGGAAGAGGUCGAGCGGCCCGCCGCGCUCGGCCGGCCCGGCGACGACAAGAGCAAAGACGCGGCCAAGCGGCGAAGCGAGAGCAGCGCCAUGGGACUGGUCAAGGGCGGCAGCGACAUGGUGAUGGGCACGCUGGGAGUGUUGGGUGCGGCGACGACGGCGACGACGGCGGCCACGCUGAGCGCGAUGAGCACCAUCACGCCCGUCAUCACCGGCGGCCUGGUGGGCGGCUCCGCCCCGGCCCAGCCGGCCGUGCCGACGGGUCCGACGCCCGUGGUGAUGGUCUUCUUCAUCGGCGGCUGCACCUACACCGAGAUCGCCGCGCUUCGGUGGCUCUCCAAGCAGCCAGGCACGUUGGCGUUGUUCGGGCGGCCCGCCGUGACCAUUGAAGCAAUCGAUGUGGCUGACGAAGCUCGGAGUGCGCGGUACGUGAUCGGCACGACGAAGCUGAUCAAUGGCGACACCCUUCUCGACGACUUUGUGGACAAGCUUUGA